AUGCCUCUCGGUCAUAGCCCAGCGGCGGGCUCGUCCAGCGCAGAGACGCCUCGUGCAUCGUCUAAUUUAGCCGAUUACAAACGACGGCGCGGAAUGGUUAAGGGCUCAUGCACGCGUAUGGAGACUUUUUUAAACAAUAUAGUCACAUUAACCGACGAUACCCGAGCGCAGGUAGAAAUUCGUCAAACCCGUCUAGAAUCGUUCUGGGAGGAUUAUUGUAAAAUACAAACGCAAAUUGAAAUGAUCGACGCGGAGGAGUCAAACGAUAGAAUCGAGUUCGAAGAUUCAUUUUAUGCAUUAUGUGCGCGAUUUCGCCGACUUUUACAAUGCGACAAUCAAUCGAGCGCGCGAAGAGGUUCCACGCAGAGUUCGACAAGAGUCGAGAGCGAGGCUAUAUCUCAUGUACGAUUGCCAAAAAUUAAUUUGCCAAUUUUUUCGGGAAAAUACGAAGAUUGGUUUCCGUUUCGAGAUACUUUUAUAACGAUAAUUCAAAAUAACACGUCGUUGAGCGAUGUUCAACGGUUUCAAUAUUUACGGGCAUCGUUAACGGACAAGGCACUCGACAUUGUGAAACCUUUAGAAAUUUCUGGAAACAAUUAUGACCUUGCGUGGAGCCUCUUAAAAGAACGAUACGAUAACAAACGCGUGAUUAUACAAACUCAUGUGCGGGCAAUAUUUGAAUUGCCAGUUAUAACAAAGGAAAAUGCGAUCGACCUUCGGCAAUUAGCUGACGGGGCAUCGAUACAUAUUCGCGCGUUAACGGCAUUAAAUUGUAAUGCCGAUAAAUGGGAUGCUUUGCUUAUUCAUAUUAUAACGUCUAAAUUAGACGCAAUUACGUCGCGUGAGUGGCAUGCUUCGUUGCAGGGCUCUGAAUUGCCCACAUUUAAGGAGCUAAUUACCUUUCUUUCACAUCGCAGUCAGAUUCUGGAAGAAUCCGCGAGAAAGAGUUCGAUCUCGUCCGUUCGCUCCGACUCUCGAUCGCAAUCGCGUUCUAACGUUGGACGUCAAGCAUUGCACACGACUGUCGAGAGGGGCAAGUGCAAUUAUUGCGCCGGCGAGCAUUUAAUUUAUUUUUGCAAGGAAUUCUUGAAACUGCCAAUCAGCCAGCGAAUCGCGGAAAUGCGUAGCAGGAGAAUGUGCCUCAACUGUUUGCGUAGUCAAAAUCACAUUGCAACCAAAUGCCCUUCUGGCAGUUGCAGAACGUGCAAUUUAAAACAUAAUACGUUAUUGCAUAUACCCAAGAAUGAGAGAGAGAUAAAUAACGCGGGCGCGUCGUCGGUGCCGAUCGACUCGUCGCCGAUCGCGGACGGGCGAUCGGCCGUCGCGACUCACAGCGCGGUCGAGCGAAGCGAUACGGAGGUGUUGCUCUCGACGGCGAUCGUUUAUUUAUACGAUGCGAACGGUGCUCGCAGGACAUGCCGUGCUCUGUUGGACUCAGGGUCACAGGUGAAUUUCGUGACAACCAAAUAUGUAAAGUUGUUGGGUUUAAAACCGCAAUCCGUAAAUUUCUCGGUGUCAGGCAUAUACGGUGACACAUCUAUUUCGAACGAAAACGUAGACAUCAAACUACAAUCGCGAUUCAAUUCAUUCGCGGCUGAGAUCGAGUGCAUCGUGGCGGAGCGAAUCAUAAGGGACAAGCUUCCGUUAAACACUAUUAAACGUGAAAAAUUCAAACUGCCUUCCAGCGUCGAGUUGGCGGAUCCGCGAUUCAACGUGUCGUCGGACGUCGACUUGUUAAUAGGCGCCGAUCUAUUUUGGCGAUUGUUGUGCGUGGGGCAGAUUCAGGCGACUUCCGGGUAUCCGAUCCUUCAAAAAACACGUUUGGGGUGGAUUGUGGGCGGACGCGCACGCGUCGGUGCAUCGCGACCGGAGACUGGGCUGCACUCGUUUCACGUAUCAAUUAGCAAUUUAAAACUUCACGAACAAAUCGAACGAUUUUGGCGGAUCGAGGAGUUAGGCGAUUCGAGUCAUUACACCAAGGACGAGCGCGCAUGUGAAACCCAUUUCAUAAACAACGUGUCAAACAAUAACAAGGGCAGAUACAUCGUGACGCUGCCCAUCAAAAACGAUAUUUUGCAAAGGCUGGGAGACUCGCGCGAAAUAGCAAUGAAGCGAUUCCUCGGUCUUGAAAGGCGACUUCAUCGUGACUCAAAUAUGAGGACUUCAUAUGUUCAAUUUUUACGCGAAUAUUUAGCCUUGGGACACAUGCGACUCGUACCCGCACAUGCGGUCGAUAGGGAAUCCGUUUAUCUGCCUCAUCAUGGGGUGUUUAAGGGGAUCGGCCGGAAUGCAAAGUUACGUGUGGUUUUUGACGCAUCGUGCAAAACCACGUCGGGAAUUUCUCUGAAUGACGCCUUGAUGAUAGGUCCUACGGUUCAGCAGGAUUUAAUAUCAAUUAUCACUCGUUUCCGCACGUUCGCGUACGUCUUUACUGCAGACAUAGUUAAAAUGUAUCGACAGAUACUUAUCCAUGAGUCACAGCUACAUCUGCAACGAAUAUUGUGGCGCGAGAACUCGAAUUCGCCGGUCGGUACUUACGAGUUGCUUACCGUUACUUACGGCACGAGCUCGGCGCCGUUUCUCGCAACGAGAUGCCUUCAACAUUUGGCACAAAAACAUGCCCUCGAUUAUCCUGCGGGGGCGCAAUGCGUUCUUCGGGAUUUUUAUGUAGAUGAUUUACUCGCGGGCGCCAAUACAUUGUCCGAAGCGGAGCGCAUUCGUGACGAGGUGAUAGCCUUAUUAAAGCGCGGACAGUUUGAGCUCGGCAAAUGGUCAUCGAAUUGCCAAGAACUGUUACAGGGCAUUAGUGACACAACGAGUGCGGAGGUGUUAUUAGGCGAUGAAUCGAGCUCAAAAAUAUUGGGAGUCGCAUGGGAUCCGUCCAGCGACGGAUUUCGCUUCGGAUACAAUUGCGGCGCACCGACGAGUAGCAUAACGAAACGGACGAUCUUGUCGGAAAUCGCGAGUCUUUUCGACCCUUUGGGUUUAUUAGGGCCACUGACAGUUGUGGCAAAAAUGAUUAUGCAAGAUACGUGGCAGUCUAACGUCGGGUGGGACGAGUCGUUGCCGCAGGAUUUGCAUCAUCGAUGGCUGAACGUAAAGCAACAAUUGACGCGCCUUUGCAAAUUGCGUGUGCCGCGUUUUGUCGGAUUUCGAGCGGACACGCACAGAUCACAGGUACACGGCUUUUGUGACGCGAGCGAGCGUGCAUACGGCGCGUGCGUAUACAUAAGAACGCGCGAUUCCGACAGAUACCGGGUGGAACUUUUAAUUUCUAAAUCACGAAUAGCACCAAUUAGAGCAGUUUCGUUACCGCGACUAGAAUUAAAUGCCGCGUUAUUGCUAUCACAUUUAAUCGAGAAAAUUCGCGCAUCGAUUGAUUUAUCGAAAUUAGAGAUAAUUUUAUGGACGGAUUCCACAAUUACUAUUCAAUGGAUAUCGUCGCCGUCGCGUAAAUGGAACGCUUUCGUGGCCAAUCGCGUCGGUGAAAUUCAGCGCCUUACCAGGAGAUCGAGUUGGCGGCACGUGCCGUCCGCUCACAAUCCCGCGGAUAUAUUAUCGCGCGGCGUCGACCUGGCGGGCUUAAUGCAAUCGACAAUUUGGUGGAACGGACCUGCAUUCCUGCAGUUAACUGAGGAACAUUGGCCGGUCAAAUUAUGUGUCGACUUGUCGGGCGAGUUACCGGAACAAAAAAGGGUAACCGCAGCGGUGAUAGCCAUACAACAAUCGAUCGUACUAAAUUUGUUGGACAAACAUGCCACUUUAGACAGGGCAUUGCGAAUCAUCGCUUACUGCCUGAGAAUAGCGCGUUCGCGUACGAUCAAAUAUCAAACAACGUUUAUUUCGCACCACGAAAUAACAGCAGCUCUGCGAGUCGCGGUGAGAUGCGUACAGAGACAUGCUUUUUCAAGAGAGCAUAAACAGUUGACCGAGGGUCGGAGCGUUGACGGCGGAAGUCGCAUUCUGUCAUUGACUCCGUUUAUGGAUGAACACGGGAUCAUUAGAGUGGGGGGCCGAAUAAGCAAUGCAGCAUUGCCAUACGACGCGCGGCAUCCCAUGCUAUUGCCGAAGAGUCAUCGAUUGACGACCUUGAUCAUACAGCGAGAGCAUGUAAAAAAUUUGCAUUCAGGCCUACAGGCCACAAUGCAUGCGAUGCGUCGACGAUUUUGGCCUCUGGCGGCGCGUUCGGCUGUUCGAAAAACAAUUUACAAUUGCGUAACCUGCUUCAAGUGUAAGCCGGUUGUAUCGCAAGCAUUAAUGGCAGAUUUGCCCGCGCAACGCGUGACGGCUUCGAGACCGUUCACGCAUAGCGGCGUAGACUAUGCCGGGCCCAUACUCUUAAAAGAGGGCAAGAGACGUAAUGCCAAAUUACACAAGGCAUAUAUAUCGGUAUUCGUUUGUUUCUCGACCAGGGCCGUACACCUCGAAAUUGUAACCGAUUUAACAUCGGAAGCGUUCCUUGGCGCCUUUAAACGCUUCAUAUCACGUAGAGGCAAACCGGCGUGCGUAUAUUCAGAUAACGGCACUACGUUUGUCGGCGCGCGCAAACAAAUAAAGGAGCUGUAUGACUUGAUUAACGACAACGACACGCAGCUUGCAAUGCGGCGUUUCAUGCGUGAUAACGAAAUCAAUUGGCAUUUUAUACCACCCCACGCUCCACAUGUCGGGGGCCUGUGGGAGGCGGCCGUAAAGUCGGCGAAAUUUCACAUUAACCGAAUAAUAGGUAACGCGAAUCUCACAUAUGAAGAGAUGCAAACCGUGUUAUGCGAGAUAGAAGCGGUUUUAAAUUCGCGACCGUUGACGCCGUUAAGCGAGGAUCCAAACGAUCUGCAUUGUAUUACGCCGGGACAUUUCUUGAUUGGUGCAGCGCUAAACAGUUUCCCAGUUGCAGAUCUUACGAAGGAAAAUCCGAGCCGACUACUGCGAUGGCAACGCGUAGAACAGCUUCGGCAACAUUUUUGGAAACGUUGGAGCGCCGAAUAUCUACACACUCUAAUCGAGCGACAAAAAUGGAAAGCUAGCAAGGGCCAGCAAUUGAAAAUCGGUCAGCUCGCCAUGGUACAGCAACCAGGCUUGGGACCGCUGCAGUGGUUAACAGGCAGGGUGCAACAACUUCAUCCGGGCCCUGACGGUAUCGCGAGGACGGCCACAUUAAGGACCGCAAAGGGUCAAUUAACAAGGCCGCUAACGAAGCUAGCUAUCCUUCCGAUAGACGAGGCAUCUGCCGAUUAA